CCAUGAUCGCCUAGCUCACCAACAACGGCCGGAGGAAAGCCCAUCAGGAGGACUCUGUCCAGCAGGUCAUGAAGAUUUAUCUUCACGAUGUUUUGCCUGCAUGUUUUCUAUUUUGGUAUGUUUCCAUUAAGAUAUUUUGAACUAAUUUUUUGUGCACAGAAUCAGGUAAGGGCCCAGCUUCUUAUUUUAUACAGAGCUAUCCAGUUCCUUUCUUUUUUUUUUUUUUCCUGGAUCCAAGCUAGGGCCUCACUCAUGCUAGGACAUCUGAGAGGAGUCUCAGUGAGGAUUAGUAUUGAUAGUGUAGGGGACCCAAACCAGUGACUCAUCGCAUGAACAUUUGCAAGUAAAUGUGUGAACAGAAGGGUACGUGACACACUGUGACGGCGAGACCUGCAUGACACACUGUGACGGCCAGUACCUAUCCUCCUCAGGGAACUGCAAGCCUUGCAGAGAGGGUUUUGACUUCACCAACCAUUCCAACCAUCUGCAUUCAUGUAUUCGCUGCACAGUCUGUAAGAGAGAUAAAGUCCAAAAAAUCCCAUGCAGCAUAACCAGAAAUACGGAGUGUCAAUGCAAACCAGGCACCUUUGAAGAUAAAGACUCCACUGAGAUCUGCCAGCCAUGCUCUAACUGCACUGACGGGGAAGACGAAGAGACUUCCUGUACCCCGAAGGCAAACCGGAAGUGUGUCUCCAAAAAGGCUGGGGCAUCUCUGCAUAACCUAGGCCUCUGCAUAGGACUCCCAGUUGCAGCAGUGCUGCUGCCGUUUGGAGCUCUGUUUGUCUGGAAGCCUGGAGCAUUGAGGCGAUGGUUGCUCUAUAUGAGAAGAACUUAUCCAUGCUGUGAACGGGAUUCCGAAAGUGCAAACUCUGUGCAUUCAUCUCUCUUGGACCCACAGACAUCUAGCAAGACAAAUGACUGUAACCACAACACGGAACCUGGCAGAACUCAGAAAACAGGAAAGAAGUUGCUGGUUCCGGCAAACGGAAACGACUCAGCUGACGCCCUGAAGUUUAUCUUCGAGUAUUGUGUGGACAUAGUGCCCUUUGACUCCUGGAACCGUUUCAUGCGGCAGAUAGGCCUCACAGACAAUCAAAUCCAAAUGGUCAGGGCCGAAACACUGGGCACACGUGAGGCCCAGUACCAAAUGCUGCUCAAGUGGCUCCAGCAGAAUGGGCGAAAUGCCUCCAUCAACCAUCUGCUGGAUGCCUUGGAAGCCAUGGAAGAGAGAGAUGCCCUGGAGAAAAUUGAAGACUACGCUGUGAAAUCCGGGAGGUUUACUUAUUAGAAUGCUACAACCCAAGCAGAGACAGGGCCAGGAGGAUCUCUGUGCAUUUGAAGCCAACCUGGUCUACAUAGUGAACUCAGGACAGCCAAGGCUAUGUAGAGAGCCCNGAAGAUGCAGGCUCUUCAGGAUUAUGAGAAUGUACUGAAUUUUUUCUUGUAAUAUUUAGUGUAUCAUAUUAUUGUAUUAUUUAUAUUAUUACUGUUAANUAUUAUGCUGUCUUAUUAGACGUUGAACACAGAACCUCUGAGAACACAGAUGCUAGAAGUGUUCUAACCCACCUCCAGCAUCCCGGUUUACCUUUGUUCCUGAACAAGGCACAAUUGGUAGGGUAUGAUAGGACCUGCCUAUCAUCCUAACACUCGGGUGAUGGAGCCGGGAAGAUCAAGAGUUCGAGGCCAGCUGGUUCACAUAAGAUCCCAUAUAAUGUGCAGGAUGGCUAAACUUGGUGAGAGCUGACUCUGUGGUCUCCUGUCCCAGAUUCUAGCAAUAUUCAUUACCAAGACCCCUUGUCCGGAGACAAAAGACCACCUCUGUAACAGAGGGAAGAAUAAAACAGCCCUAGGGUGGAAACUCCUUGUGAGCANAGCCACUGCUGUUUACUGUUAGACUACUGCUCAGCACUACACAGCUGCACGGCACCCCCCUGUGCCAGGUGCUAGUGGGCAGCCUACUGAGGGUGCGUCUAACUUGAAUCUAACACACUUGAAGUGAGUUUGCUGGUUUGGACACAGAGGGAGCAUUAAGUGCUACCUGGGGUGACCUUUGAGGACCACGCCCCCUGUAAGCCUUUGACCAUUGUGAGAGUAAACACUGAAACUCACCAUUGUCCUGCCUCAGCCUUUCUAGAGCUGGAAUCACAGGUAUGCUGCACAGGAUCCAGAUCGAGAAAUAACUACCUUUAGAUACUGUGA